CAAUAAUGUUAUGACGAUUAUGUGAGAAAGUAGUUAAUUUCUUCUUGUAAUGGCUCCGGACAAGGCCACUGCUUCAAAAGCAGGAAGCUUGAAAGAUCCAGACAUCGCAAGUUUAUUUUUCAAUAUAGACCCAGAAAAACUUUUUGAUGAUUUGAGAGAGAUUGGACAUGGAAGUUUCGGAGCAGUUUACUAUGCAAGAAAUGUUGAUACCAAUGAAGUCGUGGCCAUUAAGAAGAUGUCAUACUCAGGGAAACAGUCCUUAGAGAAAUGGCAAGACAUUAUCAAAGAAGUAAAGUUCUUGACACAGAUCAAACAUCCAAACACUGUGGACUAUAAAGGCUGCUAUCUUAAAGAACACACAGCAUGGCUUGUUAUGGAAUACUGUAUUGGCUCGGCAUCAGAUCUUGUAGAGGUUCAUAAAAAUUCUUUGAAAGAGGAUGAAAUUGCCGGAAUAAUCCAUGACGCAAUGCAGGGACUUCAUUAUCUUCAUCUGCAUGAUAAAAUUCACAGAGAUGUAAAAGCUGGUAAUAUAUUACUAACAGAUGGCGGUCAUGUUAAACUUGCUGAUUUCGGUUCUGCAUCUAUAGUCUCUCCAGCUAAUUCAUUUGUUGGAACUCCAUACUGGAUGGCUCCUGAAGUUAUUCUUGCUAUGGAUGAAGGCCAGUACAGUGGAAAAGCUGAUAUAUGGUCUAUGGGAAUAACAUGCAUUGAACUUGCAGAACGUAAACCUCCAUUAUUCAACAUGAACGCCAUGUCUGCACUUUAUCACAUUGCACAAAAUGAUCCACCCACACUUUCUGAAAGCCUUCCAGAUGGUGAUAAAGAAGUUCCGACAAAUUGGUCGCAAGACUUCAUUAAAUUUGUUUCACUUUUAUUGCAAAAAAUACCAGAAGAUAGGCCAACGUCAGAUGGCGUUUUACAGCAUACGUUCCUAACAAAAGAGCGGUCACCUACUUGUGUUUUGGAUUUGAUUGAAAGAACGAAAAAUGUCGUCAGAGACUUGGACAAUUUGCAAUAUAGGAAAAUGAAGAAGAUAUUGAUGGCUGAAAAUAGAGUAAAAGACUCGCCCCCAGCCAACAACAUCCUAUUUCUUCUACUGCUGCAAGUCAAAAAGCAGAUACCACAGAUGAUGAUAUGGAUUCUGUCAGUUGUACAGAUUCUAUCGCAUCAAAUCCAAGCAGUUUUAUAUCCGUCGCAAGCAGCAGUAAAAGUAGUAAUCAGUAGUUUAAAUGAAUCACGUGUGAGUGAUUCCGGUAGUUUGAACAGUCAAGACGGAACCACUGCUGCAAUAUCUGAAGAACAAGGUGCUUCAUCAUCUGCUGCCACUGCUACUAUUGACAACAGACCUCAAAGAAGUUAUUCUCCGAGCGGGGGAAGAACAACAUCACCAAUAGUAACCCGUCAGCAGCAAGAAUCACAACUUGCGAGAAUAGCAGGAAUUCAAUCACCGGGUGCAAGAUCUAGAUUAAAACCUCAAAUGCAGCAAAAGACUCAAAGAGAAAGGCAAUCCGACGUAUAUAACUUCCGAAACAGCUUAACCCCAGAGAGUAUCAAAAGACGAGAUGAACUCAUGAAAAAUGAUUCUGGAUUUGCUACAAUACGCUCAGCUCAAGUUGUUCAUCGGCAAAUGUACGAGCAUAAUGAAGACAAUAGACACAGAGAACAAAUGCUGGGUUAUAAACGCAUGAGACAGCAACACCAGAAACAAUUGAUUAAUUUUGAACAGAAAUUGAAGAACGAAAUGGAUGAAUAUAGUGUAAAACUUGUAAAAGAGUUGGAAAGUACGCGAUCUGCUUUUGCUCAAGAGCUCGAUCGUUUGGUAAGAAAACAUCAACAAGAAUUAGAAAAAGAAGCCAAACAACAACAGGGUGACGAUAAAAAAUAUCAGAAACAUAUCGGGCAGAUGCAAGAUCAAGAAAUCAAGGGAUUUUUACAGCAACAGAAAAAAGAUUACAAAGGCAAGAAAGAGCAGCUCAAAGAGGAUUCUAAUCAAAUGCAAGGCAAUAAAGAAGCUCGUGAUGAAUGGUUAACAAGGCAGAUCAAUACCCUUGUAACGAUGCACUCACAGGCUGAGAAUCAACUCAGAGAACGUUACAAUCAAACAUUGGAAUUAGAAGUUCGAAAAUAUAGGAGAAAAGCACUCUUGUCACGACACAAUCUUGAACAGGAUUUAUUACGGGAGGAAUUGAACUUGAAGCAGCAACAUAAGGAUAAAGAACACGAGAUGUUAUUGAGACAACAUGAUGCCACUCAAUCUCUCGAGUAUAAACAUCUUCAUGCCAUUCACACUCAGCGUAUAGAACACUUGAAAUCUCAGCACCAAACUGAAUUAUCGAAUCAGAUGGAAUAUUCACAGAGAAGAGAAUCGGAACUCAAACGAAAGCAUCUCGCUGCAAUUCGACAACAACCUAAGAGUUUAAAAGUGAGUGGCGCAUCCGAUAAAUCGGCAAGUUCGCGUCGUUCCAACUUCUUAUCAGGUGGUUCCAGUGCUGUUAAGAAGAAAUCUACUCACAAACAGGACAAUAAAAAAGAGAGCAAAACGUCACCUUCCAAAUCGAGCAAAUUUAGUGAUUGUGUUGAUGUGUGUAAUGAUGUGAUGUGUGAACUAUGUGGUCUAGCUAGUUUGUUAAAUAUGGUUGAUUGUUUGAGAGAGGAUGAUCUUUUUUCUAUUUACAAUAUUUUGAGUAAUCUUAUUUGUUUAAAUGAUUUAUUGAUCGACUUUCAAUUUGAUGAUGGACUUGAUGAAGCAUCGAAGAAUUUCAAAGAGAAUGGGAGAACUCAUGAAGAAAACGAAUUCACUGAAUCAUCAUCUUAUUCCAUGACUGAUGCCAUCAACAUUACUGAAGAGGAAUUGAUGCAACUCGCGGCAGAAACUCAAGAUGAGGAGGAACAGAAGAAUCUUUGCGUCGGAUUGAAUACAAUGCGUAAAGGAGGACAGGAAGAGGUUGUUCUUAGACUACGAUCAAAACUUUUAUUCUCCAAAUCGAAUUUAGAUGAUGCGGAAGUAGAUCUUCACGCAGAUGAUACAAGUGAUGAGGAUAUGGGUUUAGAUGAAGAUUCUGACACUCUAGAUUCUAUCCCAGAAUCUCUCACAUCACCAACUGUGAGCGAGGCGGCCGAAGAUAGCGAUACGUUGGAUUUACUCCCUCCUGAAUUAUGUAAAACUUAUCCGGGUAUUAAAAUGCCUUCUCCUGAAGAAGUAGUGACGGAGCGUUCUAGAUCACGCUCUGGGGUCGCAGAUUCAAGACAAAAAGAACCGAAGAGUCCUGAGAAGCCUCAGAAAAGUAAGAGUUUCCCUGAUGUCACCAAAGGCCAUCUUAAAGAGAAUAAACCGAAAAAGUCUUCGAAAUUGAAACCAUGGAUUCCUUCAGGAUCGAGUGGCAGUUUGUCCAUGGCAGAUUCAUCAAAGGAUUUGAGACAGAAGGUGUUAACGAGGGCUGCAGAAUGGUCCAGGAAUUCAGCUGGGUUAAAUACAGGUGCCGGAAAAACCUCUUCAAAACGAAAUAUUAGUAAAAAUAUUUUGGAAAGAACUAAAAUCUUUUCUGGCUCUUCCAACAUUGCAACAGUCAUACGUAGGAUGUCACCAGCUAAGCCAAAGAAAUCUCAAGAUGAGCGACCACCAUGGCGACCUACAACAACUUCAACACCAGUGAAACCUCUUCCUACUAUUAAGCCAUUUGUUAUGAGAAAAGCUACACGCAAACAUGAACUUGGGCUGAAUAAGUCAGAGCUACAAAAUCUCAAGUUUGGAUUACAUAAAGUGCUUGACCAUGAGCAAGGCAGCUGCCAAAGUAAACCCUACAGAUCUCAGAGUUUGAACAAUUCAUCCUUUGGACGCGUCGCUUCUUCGAAAGCUCUAAACGCCCAACCAGCACAAACCUUCGCGUCGUCAAAUGAGCCCCAAACAGAUUACCAAGGAUGUGAAGUGUGUCGUUUAAAAGAGGCAAUGAGAAGUUCACCCAUGGGUCACAAGCUGAAACAAACACCUCAUCAUUGCGCAGAUACCACCAAGACUAUUACACCGGCAGAGAAUAUACCCAACCUUUUAAAUCCCAGGAAAAGUUUUACUCUGACCAGACCAAGAUCAUACUUGAAAAGCGAUGGGACAGUAACAUUAGAGCAAUCGCGGCGGUCAAGUGAAUUUGAUGAUACACCAGAUGGGAUGUCAACGUUCUAUCUCAAGAAGCCGAUAAAGAAAUUUCUUUUUGCUGUAAUGUUCUUGAUGUUUUUACUGUCCCUAAUUUAUAUAACAGUUUAUCAUCCAUUCUAUUUGAUACCCUAUAUUGGGAUUUGCUCAACAGCUGCAGUCCAGAUCAUCGAAAGCGACUUUUUCAAACGUCUGUCGAGUGGUGAAAUGGAUAAGGUAUUUUUUAUCAAAUAUCACUCUGCUGCCUCCAAGUGGAAAUCGCUAUCUGUGCAAGAAAAAUUUUCAAUGCUCGUUUCAGCCGCAAAAAAAAGUUACGCCAAUGUAAGAAAUACCGAUUGGAAAGAAUUUGCUCAGUCGUCAUGGCAACGUUUGCAAGAUCUUGAUGAGAGCGCUUCUAAUAUUCCGUUCUGUAUCGGAAACAGCUUGAAAAUAUGGAUCGGAUUGAUUAGUCGUGGCGGAAAGCAUAUCAUCAGCAAGUUCUCAUCAAUGGGUUCUUCUGAGAAUAUAAUUCUCAAAUUAUUUGCAAUCGUUCUUCUCUUUAUGAUCCUGUUUAUUUUCUAUUUCUUUCCUAAAUAUACAGUAAUUGGAGCAACUAUCAUCUGCACACUGAUUCCAUGUUUCACUUCAAUUCUCAAUCACUUGAAAGAAAAUCAGAUCAAAAAACAAUUUCACGAAACUGUCAAAAUCCAAGAAAAGCAAUACAAAGCAUGGAGAAAUCAUGUACUAGAAUCUGUUCCCAAAAAAGAGCAAAAAGAGGUUUUAAGAAGAAUGAAAGAAGAGCAAAUGAGAAAACUCGCAUUGUUAGGUGAACAAUACGAAAGAUCAAUAACGGAUCUGAAUCAAAAACAAUCUGUUAAAUUGUCUGACGGCCAAGAGAAAGAACGUGGUCAGUUACAAAUGCAAUUACAACAGGAAUUAGAAUUGUUGACUGCUUAUCAAAGCAAGGUGAAAAAAGUUAUGGAACAGCAGCAUGAGAAGGAACUCAAAGAUCUAGAACAAAAGGUGUCACUUCGUAGAGCAAUGUUGGAACAGAAGAUGGAGGAAGACAGUGUCAAACUUCAAAAUGAGCGACGCGAAAGAAUCCGAAGUUUGCUUGAACAACAAGGGGGAGAAAUAGAAAAUUUUGACGCAGAAAGUUUGCGUAUGGGGUUCUCCACAGUCGUCAUAACAAACUAUGGUGAUCAUGUGUUUGUUGAUCCCCAUGUGCAGUCUGGAACACAGGGCUCUGCUCCAGGGAAUUUGCAUGUGUCUGCUUCCACGUCUGCUAUUGGAAAAAGUGGGCCACAUGGCGGAAUGCCUCGAAGCAGCAGUGGCACCAGUAUACGAUCUGUCGGUGCAGUGGGACAAGGUCCUGGACUUUCUCAUCCGUCUCAGCCAUAUUCUCACAAAUCCGGCAGAUCCAGUUCUGACGCCCCUACUCGAGGUGGAACUUCUCAAGGCCACUCUUAUCAACGCUCGGACUCCUCUAAUAGUAACAGAAAUAAUAGUUCCCGUAUAAUGACUGGAAGCCCGGUUAUGCAACGGAGGGUAUUGGAAUCCGACAUGAAUGCAUCUACUGGGCGGAAUAAUCCUAACAUGGAUCGUGUCAUGUCACAGUCAUCAAGAAGUACACCACAGCCAGAUGAUAAUUCAAUAGUUCAAAGGUUAAUGGCUGCUAACCGACCCAGCAGUCGAGGUCCGCCAUCUGAAGCAAGUUCUUCCGGUAUGCAGCAAAUUAGUGGAAUGCCACAUCAUGGGUCAACAACAUCCCUGCCUGCUUCAUCUGGAUAUAUGAAUUCAAGACAUGCUAGGUCUGGUAGAAGUUGGGAUGGUGCAGAUCGAACAGGUUCAUGGUCGGCCCGCCAAGAACAGCAACGGUACCUCAAUUCUCAUGACAGUCCGUUGCCUGUUCGAACACAGAAUCGGGGAGAACGUUCGUCACAUCAAUCAAGUCGGCAAAUACAUUCUCGGAUUCAAAUAUCCGGUGAUAGACUCGUGUCAGAUAGACGUUCUGAAUCCCCUUCUCGUAAUAAACAGACAGGUGGUGUGAGCGGAACCUCGUUUUCAUCCUCAUUCCAUUAAAGAGAUCUUGUUAGAUACUAUAUAAUUGCCAUUUUAUUAUACGCAGUACUAAAUGAUUUGUCAUGGGCUAAUUUAUAUUAUCAUUCAUGACAGUGGUAAUUUGAAAAUUUUCAUUUUCUAUUAUACAUGUUUUGUAUGGCUGUAAUUUUGCCAUAAAAAGUCGCUUCGUAGUGCUUCAUACCUGGGUUGUUUUCAUAUUAAAAACAUGCUUUGCGUAUUACCAUAAUGGAAUCUCUGUGGGGCGCAGUAGAUUUGAACUUCCAUCACAUUUUGGAUUCAGCCACUGUGAUGAUAUGACAAUGUGAUACGUUUCAUCUGGUUAGUUACUUCAGCUUGAAAAUGAUUUAUUUUCUGAUGUUAAAUAAUAAUAUAUAAUGGUCCUGAAUGUUGUGACAUGUUUUAUCACAGUGCUUUUCUCCUGAUAGAAUUUGUUUCUUGUAUUUGGAGUCUAACCCAGCUCUAUAUAAGUCAAAAUGUCUUCAAUUCGCUCAACUUUAUUCACAAUUGUCAGCAGGUAUUUGCAAACUAGGAUUAAAGUUAAAUUUCGGAAAAGUGGUGAUGAUAGGAAUGAGGCUAUUUUCGUUUAUUUAUAUACAUAAUUACCUUUCAAAAGCAAUUCAUCAUUGUAAUAAAAUGCACAUAUUUUAGCCCGGUGAGCUGUGAAACGAUCCAUCGAUAUGUCAUGUGAAUAACAUCCCAUGUGCCCAUGCACGUACUAUUUUCUUGUACGUGAAAAUAAUGUUCUUUCUUCUGAUCAUGUAUACACUAUUUAUUGUUUACACUUGUGCUUUUUAUACAGGUAUAAAUCUAUGAAAAGGAGUAAUUCCCACAUUGAAAAGUUAAUUGAUAUGCUUAUUUCAGUUUAAUGAAUUUUCUGUCAAUUGCUUUAUUUGAAUAAGAAAAUCAUUAUUUUUUUCAAUUAGUGUAAAACAAAUUAUAAACAUGUUUUUUUUUCGAUCAGAAUUGUUUUAUCAUAUGUGGGCCACAAAUGAAUUAUACUCUCAAAUCAGGGCAACAACUUUUGUUUGGCCGUCUUUUAAAAUCAUAUACAGAUUUCUAAUUCAGUUGUUAUAAUUAAAUAUUUGAGAUGCAAUUAUGGCAAUUUGUAGGGGAAAAUGUAUUGUUUUUUAAUGGUUUAGUCAAAUCUGAUUUUAGAGCUGUAUUUAAAACAAUGAUUUAUGCCAAACUAUACUAUGUAAUUUUUGCAAUAUAUCAUAUGGCAUCUUUGUUAAGUAAUUCCAAGCAUUAGAAUCCGUUAUCGGUGUUCAACAUUUAACUUCACAUUGAAGAAUUUGAUCUGAGUAAAAUCCAGACAAAUCCAUUUUCAUCAAUAUCGCCAUACGAGAUCGAUAUGAAAGACAUCUCAAUGCAAAGCUACAAGUUAUGACUCAAAAUCAUAUUGCUUUCAAUCUUGAAUUAUUUCACGAAAGUGACUAGAUGCAUUUAAAAAAAACUUUGUUUAUGUUUUUGAAAAACCAAGUCGUCCCUGAUCUGCAUGUGGCUCAAAUUGCCCCAGGUUUAUAUUCUCUGAAUCUAAAAAUCUUGUUUUCUUUUUACUCAAUUGUUUGGACAUCUCUCAUAUCAAUGUAUUUAUAUUGAACAUCAAACUUUAGCGCUAAUUUAUUUCAAACAUUAUGUGGGGUUGUAGACCCGCUUGUCUAAUUAAGAAAAAUUGUAAUGUAUAUAAUAUUGUUUUAACUUGUAUUCUGGAUGUAUCAGCCAUGAUUAUUGUGCACUUUCAUCCAACGAAUUAUAAAUUUGAAAGUCCG